CCCUCCUCCUCAAAGGUCCGUCGGCCCACGGGUCCCCGCCUACCAGCUUCACUGUUUUAACAAGAGGCCGUUCGUUACUCACCCGCUCUGAGCUGGUUUUCAGAACGGGGUUUCAGGUUUUAUUGUUCCUGCUGAUGUGGAAGAUGUUGAGAAAUGUUUCGGAAGGGAAAGAAACGGCACAGUAGUAGCAGUUCUCAAGGCAGUGAAAUCAGCACAAAAAGCAAGUCAGUAGAUUCCAGUUUGGGUGGCCUUUCUAGAUCUAGUACAGUGGCUAGCCUUGAUACAGAUUCCACAAAGAGUUCAGGUCAGAGUAAUAGUAACUUUGACAGCUGUAAUGAAUUUCGAGUGAAGUAUUUGGGUGCUAUUGAAAACUUAAAAGCUGGUUCCAUUGAAUGUCUCCAAGGACCACAAGAUUUGAUUAAUUACAUUGAUUUGGCACAGCAAUAUGGAAAGCUACCAUUUACACCAUCAGAAGAGGAAAGUAUUUUGUGUGUUUCCAAAUAUGGUAUCAAAGUGGCAUCCUCUGAUCAAAUUGACAUUUUGCAUAGGCAUCCAUUGUACUUAAUAGUGCGAGUGAUCUGUUACGAUGAUGGGCUCGGAAUGGGAAAAAGCCUUCUUGCUAUAAAAACCACUGAUGCAAACCAGACAGAGUACAACAUCUGCCUAUAUCAAUGCAAUAGCUUGGACACGUUGCCAGCUUGUUAAGGUUCCUGCAGGGCGGAGCCAGUUGUUAGACAGCUGGAGUCCAGCACGUGGAGAUAAAAAGCAGGUCCGCUGGGACACAGGAAGACACACCUCAAGACAUGCAGUGUGGACACUGAAUGAGCUUUGUGCACCCACAUGAAGGUGGGGUUUUUGGAGGAUCGAUUCGGGGAAAUCGAUAAGUGGCUCACAGUGUGAGAAGGUGCGACCGGUGGGGAACUAUUUGUAUGUCCUCCCUUGCCUGGGUGAUAAUUCCACCACUGAAGAACGGUUGUAUGUAUUAUGGUCAUAGUCGGUGAUCACAACAGGGCUUCGGAAGACAACAGGAAGAUCGAUGGCAACGGCAUCACAUCUCUCUCUCUCUCUCUCUCUCUCCAACGUUACUUAAACAACUACCUCGACCUGAACUGAACUGAAAUGAACUUCACUAUCGUAAGAGUCCAGCCAUUUACCCAUAGAUUUGAAAGAGCCUGGUUUUGGUUCCUAUUUCCACACUUCUGUAUAGAUAAUUACUAACCUAUUUCAUAUAUUUGCAUUCCAUAGUACUGUAUUAUGUAGUUACUAAUAAACACUAUUGGUUUAUAGCAAUACCAAACUCCGAAGUGUUUUCUAUUUCUGCUGGUUCUUUAACUCGGUCACAGGAUACGUGACACUAUAUUGAUAUGGAAUUCAAUAAAUCGGGCAAGAGUGGCCUCAAAAUUGAUUCUUGAAUGGUGUGUUGUCUCCUAGGUGCCAGGAUCCAGGAUGUCACAGCACAGUUACAGAAUUUUCUCAAGCAGGAGUAUAAGCAACCAGAAGUUGUGCAAGGUGGCACAAAUGCCAUGGAUAGAGAAAGAGAUGAGGUCCUGCAGAGUGAAUAUAGAGAAUUACAGAAGUUACAAAACAGUACCUUGAAGAAAGCAUUCUCUGGAUCCCAAGCACCAGGGAGGCAAAUGAGAGGCUGGAAAGUGAUGCAUAAGUCAGUGAUAGCAAAAUGAAUAGGUACAACAGCCAGGAGAAUGGCAGGGAGUUAGGGGAAUCUAUUGGGUUGAACUGUAUUUAUUUCAGAGCAGGAGAUCUGACAGCUAAAGUGGAUGAACUUAGAAUUUGGAUAACUACUUGGAAUACAAUAUUAUAGCCAUGGUUAUAAUAUUGGUUAAGAGAGGGAGGGGCCUAGCAGCUUAAUGUUCCAGGUUACAGUUGCUUUAGGCAGGCUAGAGGUGGAGGAAAGAGAAGAGGGCAAGUAGCAUUUUGAUUAUAGGUCAUGUCAGCGGUAGUCAGAGACGAUAAUACUGAAGGCUUAUCCGGUUAGGCUUCAUGGGUGGAAUUGAGAAAUUAGAAAAGGAUGAUUCUACUGCAAGCUUCCAAAUAGUGAAUGCUAUUUUGGCGAACAAGUAUUUGACCAUAACCAUAAGCCAGAUCAGAAUUAUGCCAUUUGGGCUAUCUUGUCUGCCCAGUCAAUCACAACUGAUAUAUUUUCCUCCUCAACCCCAUUCUCCUGUCUUCUCCCCAUAACUUUUGUUGUCCUUACCAAACAAGAACCUAUUAACUCCAAUUUAAGUAUAUUCAAUUACUUGGCAUCCACAGACAUCUCAAAGUUGUAUUACAUCUAUUGCUGUGGCAAUAGAUCCCAAAGAUACGCCAUCCUCUGGCUAAAGAAAUUCCUCUGCAUUGAGUGGAUAUUGUACAGAGUUAAGUAUAAUAGGGUAUUUAGGUAUUAUAUAGUAGGGUAUUUUAACUUGCUUAAUGUAGACCGGGACAGCUAUAGUC